GAGUGCCGUUUCAGCCUUCAUUUUGAUUUUUCGUCGGUGUAGUUCGGAGUAAAUUUUUGUGUCAGCUAUAAUAUUUUAAGUAACUAAGUUGAAGAACGCAUAAUUUUUUUUUGUGCAUGAACUAAAUUGUGGCACUAAAAUGUUUGUGUUAUACGAAACUCCGGCGGGCUACGCAAUAUUUAAGCUAUUAGACGAAAAAAAGCUUGCAGAAGUAGAUAACCUAUAUCUGGAAUUUCAAACACCGGAAAAGGCCAGUAAAUUAUUGAAGUUGAAACAUUUUGAGAAAUUCAAUGACACCACGGAGGCAUUGGCAGCAGCUACAGCUGCAGUUGAGGGGAAAAUGUCUAAACCUCUUAAAAAGACUUUGAAAAAAUUGUUCAGCAACGAAGUGCAAUCUUCGUUACUGGUCGCUGAUGCGAAGUUGGGUAAUGCCAUUAAGGAUAAAUUAGCUGUGCCAUGUGUCUACAAUACCGGUGUACAAGAAUUGAUGAGAUGCAUACGUCAACAGGCGGAUAGUUUGCUAAGUGGCCUACCCAAGCGUGAAAUGACAGCCAUGGCACUCGGUUUAGCUCACUCCUUAUCGCGGUACAAGUUAAAGUUCUCACCCGACAAAAUAGACACAAUGAUUGUGCAAGCGCAAUGUCUAUUGGACGAUUUGGAUAAAGAGUUAAAUAAUUAUAUGAUGCGUGCUCGUGAAUGGUACGGUUGGCAUUUUCCAGAACUUGGCAAGCUAAUUACAGAUAAUAUUGCAUUCGUAAAGACUGUCAAAUUAGUAGGCACUCGGGAAAAUAUGGCACAAACGGAUCUUUCUGAUAUUCUUCCAGAAGAGGUGGAGGAAAAGGUAAAGGAAGCCGCUGAGAUAUCAAUGGGAACCGAAAUAUCUGAAGAGGAUAUCAUGAAUAUUCAAUGCCUAUGUGAUGAAAUACUUUCCAUCGACGAAUAUAGAACUCAUUUAUACGAUUAUUUGAAAACACGAAUGAUGGCGAUGGCACCUAAUCUAACAGUUCUUGUUGGUGAAACCGUUGGUGCCCGCCUUAUUGCACAUGCAGGCUCACUUAUAAAUCUUGCUAAGCAUCCGUCUUCCACUGUACAAAUUUUGGGUGCUGAGAAAGCUCUUUUCCGUGCGUUAAAAACAAAAAAAGAUACUCCCAAAUAUGGUUUAAUUUUCCAUGCUCAACUGGUUGGGCAAGCCAGUUUAAAAAAUAAAGGCAAAAUGUCGAGAUCGCUGGCAGCAAAGGCAUCUUUGGCUACACGUGUUGACGCUUUUGGAGAGGAAGCAAGUUGUGAACUGGGAGCGACUCAUAAGGUGAAACUAGAAGCUCGAUUGCGUUUACUAGAAGAAGGAAAUCUGCGAAAAUUAUCAGGCACCGGAAAAGCUAAAGCAAAGUUCGAGAAAUAUCAGGCAAAAAGCGAGGUGUUCACUUAUCAACCUGAAGCUGACAGUACAUUAUCUGUUAAGAAGCGAAAACACUCAGAAUCAGCUGAAGUUAAAGAUGAAUCUGUGGUGGAGCCAAAUGAAACUAAAGACGAGAGUACUGUUGGUUUAGAAAAGAAAAAGAAGAAGAAAAAGAAAAAUAAGAACCAAGAUCAAGAACAGCCAGAAGAGGCGCCUCCCGCCAAAAAAAAACCUAAGACUAAGGAGUAGUAGUCGAAUUAGGUUAUCUAAGUUUAGUAAAUUUUUUUUUUUUAGACUUAACAUUUAGCUGUACUAAGUGUUUGUUUAUAAGGAUAUGUAAGAAAAUAAAGUAAUAAACAAAGCUACUUUCAGAAAAAAAGUAUCUUAAAAGGAGACAAUGGAAAACGAGCUAUUGUAAAUUGGAAAACAAGAAAAGUUCGAAAAAUUAAGCAUAAAUAAACUUUUGACGUAGUCGAAAAUUGUUUUGAAUGCAAUAACAUUAA